CUGUAUGGGCUGAAACGUAUUGUUAGAAGUGACGGUGACGUCACGACGUUUCCUUAAGUUUCACUUUCUGUUGUCUGUAAACGUGAGACUGCGUGUGCAUUUGUGAGUUUGGGGUGAAAAUACGACCUAGAAUAUUUACUAUUUCGUUAAAAAAUAACCGACAGCAAACAAGAGGCACACCUCCUGUAACUGACACCUUACAACAAACCAAACAUCAAAUCAGGCAAGUAUCGUGUGCUCUGAUCCGUUCAAAGGUGAAGUCAUGUCUGUUUUAAUGGGGGAAAUACGGCAUUUCAGCACAGAGGCAGUCCAUGUUCUUCGGCAGGAAGGUUUGACCACUGACUCAGAUAUCCGGUCACUGACUCGGGAGGACCUUCGUGAGCUGUUUCCUGGGAAACCGUUCAAAUUUAGGAGGGAAAUCUACACAAUAAUACACAAACAGAGGCCAAUCAAUGAUCUCCUAGAGGGAUUGAAAGGGUUCCUCACACAGGAAUGUUUGAGUGCUGCUCUAACUGACAAUGGGGUCUUGGUUGAAUACUUCCAUGUCCUAAAGAGCGUGAAGAACCAACUGGAUGACGUGCAGACUUUCCUUGAUGCUCAUAUUGAUUUACUGGAGAACAUCAGCAAAAAAAACCAGGCAAACCCAAAACCUGAAGGAGUCCUCGUCCCCAUACCAUCUCCAAAGGGUUUUCACGAAGUGAAGUACAAGAUGGUUAUCAAAGGUACAACCUUUGGAGCCCAUGAACAGCUGAUGGACCAAGUGAAGAAACACUCUCAGGAUGAGGUUCAUUUUACUAAAAGCAGUGAGGAUCACCAGAUUAUCAUUGUCUUCUGUCCAAUCACUUCACGUGUUGGGACAGAUGCAGAUGCAGCAUUGGCUGAUGAAAAAGUGUUCACAGAUAAUAAACCUGUCAUUCUGGUGUUAAUGCACCAUUCACAUGAAGUCAAGCACACAACCUCUAUGAGAACAUGGACUUCUAAAGCUAAUGUUGUGUUGAAUGUCAAUGUUUUCUACCAUGAGACAAAACAUGGAUUACUGAGGUGUGAACAAAAUGAUAUGGCUGUUGCUGACAUACGACAAGAACUACUGAAGCACCGUAGGCAGAGAAGUAACGAUGCCAGUGUGGGUACAGUUGAUGAGAGUGGUGGGAGUGGUAAUGCCUCUACUGCUCAAGGUGGUAACACAGGGAAUGAGGGUAUACUGAGUCGUUUUUGGACAAAUAGAAUGAUGUAUAAGUAAUAAUAGUAUCUGUGGUGAUGAUGGUAAUAAUGAUUGAAAUUAUUUCUAUUAACAAGUGAAAUAAACUGUAAUGGAUUGUAUAACCUGCUUGAAGCAAGAAACACAGAGAAAACAAACCUUUAAUUGAUCUUGAUUUAUGGAUGCCACUAUGUUAAACAUUGGUAUAAACAUAAAAUGUGUGAGUAAAAAAUGUAGUGCAUAUGAGCUUAUGGAAAGGGCUGGUUUGAAAUAAGCCCAAAAGUAAACAUGACUGUGUAUCACUGAUUAUGUGCAGCGGAGCUGUGUUGCUGUUUGCUCCAUAAACCAAUAAUGAAUCCUGCAAAGUUUGUUUUGCUUGUUUUAAAGAAACAAUACCAUUAGGAUAACAUUGCUGUCUCUGUUUCUAUAUAUAGUGUAGUAAGACUUGAAUGUACAGUACAGAAGCCACAAUUACAGUGACCAGCCAACUUCAUGUAUUAAUUUAGGUAUGCCAAACCAAUGAAUAGAUACACAAAUCAAGUGAAAAUAUAAAUGAAGAUAAUUAAUACUACUUACUUUAAUGCACAUUUUGCUGUAGCUGCUUAUAAAUGAAUGUCUCAGAAAGCAUAUAAGAUGUGUGAUUACAAUGUCACUUUCAAUAAACUUUGAAUGUUAUCAUA